AUGAUUGCCGAGAUUGCUCUUACCAUUACUGCCGCCGGUCUUGCCGUUGCCAACCCCCUCCUUGCCGCCCGCAGCUGCGGCGAGGGCACCCAGAAGAUCUGCUACGGCGUCGACGGCGGCGACUCGCAAGACCUCAAGCCCGAGGACAUCAAGUACGUCGCCGAGUACCUCCGCUACAUCGGCGAGCAGGCUUCCGGCGCCGGCAAGUUCUGGACUAUGCCCAAGGGCUUCGACUGCCCCGAAUGGGGCCUGCCUGUCGACGGCGCCGGCACCGUCCUGGCCCUGGCCAAGCACAACAACCCCCGCUACCCCACGUCGGUUCUCUAUGAGGACAUUGCCAACGCCAUCGAUAAGGCCAACACCAACGUCGGCAGCUGCGGCAAGAACGGCGGCCAGAUUGGCGUCGUGCCCAACCUGAGCAACCCUCUGUACAACACGGACGAGUACAAGAAGAGCGGCAACCACCCCGACGGCAUCGUUCUGAAGCUUGUCAAGGCUCCCAAGUCCUCUUAA